CCGGUGACGUCACUGCAGGCUACCAUAAUGGGGUUGCAGCUGUUCAGGGAGCAACAAUAACAAGAUCGGCGAGCUUCAGUGCAAACACACUUCAGUAGAAACCCCCUUACGAGCAAGAUUUCUGUGGCUUCGCCAUACCAUUGAACACCCCGAACCACAGCCUUCUUGUUGCAGAGGUUCCCGGCAAGAUAACUCUGGCCUCCGCUUCCUCCUCUUCCGACUCGGAAACCGGCGGAGCUUCGCCGCCCCCGCGGAAGAAACACCGUUUAUCGGUGGCGGAGGGAGCAGGAGAGACUGGGGAUCCAAGUCGGACAGCGGGCCUCUCUGCGGUUGUUGUGGAAGUCUCUACUUUUUCGCCCAAUCCCUCCGUGUCUGCCAUCUGCUUUAACCCAUACACUAUCACGAACAACAGCAUAAGUAACAUGCAGGCAAACGGGGCAGGACAGGGACAAGACUCGGAGCUGUCCUGCCUAAAUAAUACCCAAAACGGAGACUCGACGUCCACUGGGGGAGCGCACUCAAACGGCCUUAUAGCCACAACAAAUAAUGGAAAUGCAGUUAGUACUAACAACGGCAUCGUUUCCACGGGGAAUUCAGACGCUUCUAAUGCCUCAACCUCUAACUCAGAGCAAGGCUCUUCGAUGAAAAAGAAGAAGCGUCUUUCGCAGUCAGAGGAAGAUGUCAUCCGACUCAUAGGUCAACAUCUACACGAUUUAGGGCUGAAUCAGACGGUGGAUCUGCUCAUGCAAGAGUCUGGUUGCAGGCUAGAGCAUCCAGCUGCCACUAAAUUCCGCAGUCAUGUCAUGGAGGGGGAGUGGGACAAGGCUGAAAGUGACCUCAAUGAGCUCAAAGCACUGAUGCGCUCUCCUGGUGCUGUUGUGCGGAUGAAGUUCCUGCUGCUGCAGCAGAAAUACCUGGAGUAUCUUGAGGAUGGGAAGGUUCUGGAGGCGCUACAGGUGCUCAGGGCUGAACUCACCCCACUCAAGUACAACACGGAGAGGAUUCAUGUUCUCAGCGGGUAUCUUAUGUGCAGCCACGCAGAAGACCUGCGAGCCAAGGCCGAGUGGGAAGGCAAGGGGACCGCUUCUCGCACAAAACUACUGGACAAGCUACAGACAUACCUGCCCCCAUCGGUGAUGUUGCCCCCACGGCGGCUGCAGACUCUGCUGCGCCAGGCGGUGGAGCUGCAGAGGGAGCGCUGCCUCUACCACAACACCAAGUUGGACAGCAGCCUGGGCUCCGUCUCCCUGCUCCUCGACCACGUCUGUAGCAGGAAACAGUUUCCAUGCUACACCCAGCAGAUACUCACAGAACACUGUAAUGAGGUGUGGUUCUGCAAGUUCUCCAAUGACGGCACCAAACUGGCCACCGGCUCCAAAGACACCACUGUCAUCGUGUGGCAGGUCGACGCAGAGACGCAGCAGCUGAAGCAGCUGAAGACCCUGGAGGGCCACGCCUACGGGGUGUCCUACCUGGCAUGGAGCCCCGACGACACCUACCUGAUCGCCUGCGGCCCCGACGACUGCUCCGAGCUCUGGCUAUGGAAUGUGCAGACAGGGGAGCUGCGGACGAAGAUGACCCAGUCCCACGAGGACAGCCUGACCAGCGUGGCCUGGAACCCCGACGGCAAGCGCUUCGUCACCGGUGGCCAGAGGGGACAGUUCUACCAGUGUGACCUGGAUGGCAAUCUGCUGGACUCAUGGGAAGGCGUGCGUGUCCAGUGUCUCUGGUGCUUGGGUGAUGGACGCUCCGUGCUGGCCUCCGACACGCAUCAGCGUAUCCGUGGUUAUAACUUCGAGGACCUCACUGACCGGAACAUAGUGCAAGAGGACCACCCCAUAAUGUCCUUCACUGUAUCAAAGAACGGACGCUUGGCUCUUCUAAACGUAGCGACUCAGGGUGUGCAUCUCUGGGACCUGCAAGACCGUGUGUUGGUGAGGAAGUACCAGGGAGUGACUCAGGGCUUCUACACCAUACACUCCUGCUUUGGAGGACACAAUGAGGACUUCAUCGCCAGCGGCAGUGAAGACCACAAAGUGUACAUAUGGCACAAGCGCAGUGAGCUGCCCAUUGCGGAGCUGACUGGACACACACGCACAGUCAACUGUGUGAGCUGGAACCCUGCGUUGCCAGGCCUCAUGGCCAGCGCCUCCGACGACGGCACCGUCCGAAUCUGGGGGCCCGCGCCCUUCCUGGACCCGCAGGACUCUGAGGGCCUGAACGAAUGCUGUAGCAUGGACAGCUGAUGGUGACCCUAAAACAGAAGACCUGUCGUGUUAAAACCUACAAACAAUGUUAACGCACACUAUAGACUAAUAGAAGCAUUGAAUCAAGACUGAUGCGAAGAAGUAGAAGAAGAUGAUGAUGAUGAUGAUGAUUAUAAUGAAGAUGGAGAAAAAUGCAGCCAUGAGUUUCAGGCGUUCCUCUGACAGGUUGCCGUCUUGGCCCGUCGGGAGGAUGGACGUCCAAUGGAACAGCUGGACGAAUCACUUGAAUGGAACAACCCCCCAGAGGCCCGCUAUGAUUGGUCGAUCCGAGGUCGACGAAUCAGUCGAUCCCCCCAAUGGUGAUAAGAGUAUCUACACAACAUCUUGGGCCUCACCCCCUCCCCCCUCCCCCACCCCCGCCUGCCAACUGCACUUGAACUAGGCCACCGCAGUUUAUUUAUUGCUCAUUAUUUAUUAUAAUUGGAUGGCUCUGGAUCGGAGGGAUCCAGCCUUGAGUGGCUGUGGUGGUCGCACAAAAUAACCUACUGUGUUAAACACACUUUUUUUUUUCUUUUUUUUUUUUCUGGCAGCGAGCUGAAGCGCUGUCUUAGCGGCUCCGCUCAAACUCUCGUAUGCGCUUUGCUGCCUCCGUUUUUUUUUCCCCUUCUCUGCAGGCGUGUUGGGGUGGGAGACAAGAAGAGGGGCUCGUGGGUAGCCACUGAGAAAGGCAUUGUGGGAUACAAUUGUGGGUGGUGGGCUAGGUCGCUUCAGGGUUGGGGGGUGUUGCAAUGGGUGUAGGAAAACAGCUUUCAUAUCUACAUAUUUCCACAUGAACUCCUAGCCCGUUCAGCCUGUGUUUUUGUGGAUGCGCGUGUGUGUGUGUGUGUGUGUGUGUGUGUGUCUGUCUGUCUGUCUCUAUGUGUGUCUGUGAGUGUGUGUGAGAGAGACAAUUGAGGUAAAUGAUGCUUUCACCAGCAGAAGAUAAUGAUGUCGUUAUUUACUUUCAUAAUUUUCAUUUUUUAAUCUGUGAAGCCGAUUUUAAUCAGUAAGAAUCACAGGCCCUUUUUUUUAACUGUCCGAGUGUCAAACACUACAAAGGAAACCAGAAAAGUGUGUGUGACCUGAGACCUGAACAACUUCUGUUGCCGUGGGGUCCUUUGGCAUUGGCUAGACUGACGCAUGCUGUCCAGUAAAGAGCAGCUUCUUUUGGCUGUGGGCGGACGCAAACACAGACCUUUCCUUUCCAGCCUCGGCAUCUGAGGCACCAAGGAGCCCAACGUAUCUGAGGCCAGUCCACCACUGAGGCCAUUUUGAGGCGUUUCAGUGCUCCACACACACACACACACACACACACACACACACACACA